AUGAAUGACGGAAUUAGUAUUCUUCUUGCAUUUUUCGUUAUAGUAGUGGUGUUUCGGUGGCUAUUGGCCUCGACAUCUGAGACCCAAACCUUACGGAGACCGCAUAAUACAACCCUGGAUCAGUUCAGAAUGCGUCCUCGGCCCGUUACGGCAGAAAUGGUGGAGACGGUAUGUGCUAUGUUUCCCAACAUCCCCCCAGCUGCAGUACAGUUUGAUCUUCAAAAGACAGGUUCAGUCGAAGUAACAUGUGACAAUAUUCUACAGAAUGGUGGCACUCUGCCCAUGCCACCCGCAGCCAUUCCUCAGCAGCCAUUUCAGCUUGAAGAGGCAGUGGCCAAGAAUGCUGCUCCCGAAGAGCCACCCAGGACUUGGGAGCAAACGGCUGAGAAGCGGGCAGAGAUCCUGCGAAAAAGAAAAGAAGCAAUGAUUCUGAAGGCAAGAAUGUACGAGAUUGGAUUGUCGUCGUCGCAGCGUUACCUUGAACAGGAAAAGAAUGAUCAGAACACGAAAGUACAGACUGUCUCACCUACGUCGAGCAGUCUGCCGACAGAGCUGUUUUCCAAGAACUUUGAUUUGUCGUCAGAAAUGCGACGGCAACAAUCGUCGCAUAGCAUCGAGCUAAAAAUGGGAAACACUAAUAGAAAGAAUUAG